ACCCACGGGGCGUGUUUAGGUCGGAGCCGGGGAAUCCCGGGCUCGACUACGCAUAAAAGCGCGCGGCGCGGGGAAGCCGCAGUCCAGCCAUGGCCGGUGCCGCCCCCAAGACCCUGCGCUUCGCUCCGCUGCUGCUGCUGCUGCUGCUCCUCGUGUUGGGGACCUCCCGGAGAGCCGCAGGAGCUCCUGCAGCCUCCGAGCUGCGCUGUCGCUGUCUGCGGCCUGUGCGCGGUCUGCACCCCAAGAACAUCCAGAGCGUAGCGGUGACGGCGCCGGGACCCCACUGCCACCAAACCGAAGUCCUGGCCACGCUCAAGGAUGGACGCGAAGCCUGUCUAGACCCGGAGGCUCCCAUGGUGCAGAAAGUCCUGCAGAGGAUGCUGAAAGGGUGCGUGGGGGAUCUGUGUGCACGGGGCUGGGGUCAGACCUGCGCCCUGAAAUUAUAGCGGAGAGCAGGAGUGCAGUGCGGGACCAGGAGCAGGGUUCGUCUUUCAGUAACUAACCUCCCCUCAUCUGCCAGCCCAGAGGGCUCUUUGUCAUGCGCAAAACACCUCCUGCUCUAAAGACUGCGGUUAAACUGUGGCCCUGAGAGACUGAGAAUUGGCUGGUGAGGCUGAAAGUCUGUGUGUUGACAUCAGUGCCUCCUGGGUCAAGCCCUGACGGGUGGACCCCCUGUCGUGAGCUGCUGGCUUUAAACUUUGGUGCCAAGUAAGCAGGGACACAUUGCCCCAGGGCAGACUGGGUUCAUGAGGCUCCUGGGUUACAGGGAGUCCCCAGGCAGUUUGCAAACAACCUAAGCUGCUCUUGGACGGGUUUGAUCAGAGGCUGCCCUGCAAUGGUGCCUAACAGUUUUUCACCUUGCUGUAAUAGCAUGGGGCAGUUUGAAGCUAAUCUGCAAUGUGAUUACAAGUCCCCCUUCCUGGCCCACAGCAUCAGAAACCUGGUGUGGGUUUUUUUGCCAGGUGCAAGAGUAGGGAAUGAGCACAUUCAGAAAACCCUAGAGCUGUACAGGACUGAGUGGGAGAAGGCCAUGGAGGAGGAUUUCUGAGUCCCUGCUAACAGUGGUUAUUCUCCUCACAGAAGCAAAGCCACUUGAGUCCCCAGAGGACCGGAAGCCUGCGCCCCUGUUUCUGAGGGGAUUUUCAGAAGCAUCAAAGGGAAAGAGAGAGGAGAUACCACCAGGGAUGCCGGGACUGUGCCCAGUGUCUGUGACCACUUCUUAUGAGACUUUUUCUUCUAUUUAUUUCUAUAUGUAUUAAUUUAUUUUUCCAUGCUUUUAUAUUGUUUAAUAUUUAAAGAUGGGAUGGGGUUUGAUAGCCCGAUAUUUUAUUGUACCGUUAUUUUAAGCAUCAUUUUCAAUGUUAAAUGGAAGUUGCUUUA